AUGCGCCCCAAUGGGGAAGACCAUCGAGGCGCGGACAGAGGAAGUGGCCUGCGCCUGGGGAAGACGAACACGAUAUUUGGAAUACUAGGCAUCGGGUCGAGGAGUAAUAGACGGUUUUUUAGUGGUCCACUUCGGUUCACAGGUGUAGAUCUGGGCACCGGUGGUCGGUCGCGCAAUGGUUAUCCUUAUCUACCUUCGGAAGACGGUGAUUCGACGGAGGACGAUUCCCAAGCUACUUCGGACGAGGAGCCAGAAGACGAUGCACGGGUGGCCAAGGAAGAUGCAUUGGUGCAAUCGGCCCUCGCGCGAAUACGAAAAGCGCAAGCCAAAGGGAAACAAGAGGUCAAACUUAACAAGGAGGAGCUUGGUGCUCUUGAACGGAGGCGGAAACGACUACAAGCCGAAGCGGAGGCUGCGAGACAGAAUGGCUCUGGAAGGCGGCAUAAGGAAAAGGAGCAACGAUAUUCUGUCCCAUUAUCGCAUUUUGAGCCUCCCCUUCCUGGGCGCCCAAGUGGUCCAUCGGUUUCAGACGAUGCCUUACCGCGCCACCCUCUGCCGUCGACUUUGGCACAGAGUCAAGGCCAGGUACGGCCUGGCCCACCAAUGGGACUGUUCCCCCCUCCCAAUGCCUCACGUACUCGUCCUCGCUCAGCUACAUCAUCAUCUCAACGUCCUCAAACCGAAUACAGAGGCUCGGGCUCUUCCUCACCCUUCGAGUAUCAGUACGUAUCAUCGCCUGCUAAUCAACGCCACGCUUCCGACAAUGCAAGACCUUCAUCUUCCCGGCUAUCCCUUCCACGCGAAAACGAGUGGCGUCCUUAUUCCUCACCAUCUCCGAACCAUGCCCGAGACCCCUUCCUGUACCAGACGGCGGGCCCGCGCGCGCCUUACCCUCCAGGCGCUGCAGCCGCAAGACGGAAUGUUUCGGGGCCUUCAGACAUGACAUCACAUGGCACUAUGCCUCGCAGGGCAGCUCCUGCUGCAGCCAGGAGCAGCUCGGAGGAUACGAGUGAAGAGGACGAUGAUACGACCAGUGAUGAUCAUGGAAAUGGCGUUCAAAUUGCAGUCAACAGAAGCCGGGAGGAAGUGGUUGUCGUUGAAGCGUCACCCUCUCCUGAGCCUGAACGUCAGAGGGGAAAGAAGUCCUCAACUUCUAACUCAUCACCCGUGAAAAGGAAGCCUGUGACCGGAGGGGGUAGAAGACGGAAAGGCAGAUGA